AAAGCCUCCCGGAAGGGCUGGUCUUGCAGCCCAUCGACAGCAAGUAGCGAGGGAGGUUGCGCUGCGGGAGUCAGAGCCGCUUUGCUGGGAUUGUGGCGCUUGGAGGUCCCGGUCCACCGCAGCCAUGUCUAUUAUGUCCUAUAACGGAGGGGCCGUCAUGGCCAUGAAGGGGAAGGACUGUGUGGCCAUCGCCGCCGACAGGCGCUUCGGGAUCCAAGCCCAGAUGGUGACGACGGAUUUCCAGAAGAUCUUUCCCAUGGGGGACCGACUGUACAUCGGCCUGGCGGGGCUCGCCACGGACGUCCAGACCGUUGCCCAGCGUCUCAAGUUCCGACUAAACUUGUAUGAGCUGAAGGAAGGUCGGCAGAUCAAGCCUUAUACCCUCAUGAGCAUGGUGGCCAAUCUCUUGUAUGAGAAGCGGUUUGGCCCAUACUACACUGAGCCAGUCAUUGCUGGAUUGGACCCCAAGACCUUUAAGCCCUUCAUUUGCUCUCUGGACCUCAUCGGCUGCCCCAUGGUGACUGACGACUUUGUGGUUAGUGGCACCUGCUCUGAGCAAAUGUACGGAAUGUGUGAAUCCCUCUGGGAGCCCAACAUGGAUCCAGAACAUUUGUUUGAAACCAUUUCACAAGCCAUGCUGAACGCUGUGGACCGUGACGCAGUAUCAGGCAUGGGAGUCAUCGUCCACAUCAUCGAGAAGGACAAAAUCACCACCAGGACACUGAAGGCUCGAAUGGACUAACCUAAUCCCAGAAACCACUCUUUCUUUUUCUUUUCUUUUUUUAAAUAAAAGCCUUUCUUUCA